UUUUCUGGAUUAAUGAUAACAAAACCACUACCGUUUGUUUAUUUUUACAUUUUGACAGGGCACAAACAUGUUAGGCAUUUUGGCUUCAUUUUUAAUCGUCCUUCGGUUGGUUGGCUCAUGGAAAAUCCAGAGCCCAAUCAAGGGAGAAGUUGAAGAAAAUAUCAGCGUCGUUCUAUUUUUUGCUCACGCGUACACCACCUGUCAAAGUAUAGAUCGCAUUCCUUACCUAAAUAUUUCUAAAGUGGCCAAUAUACAGCCAUACCUUACACAGCCGCGGGUAAGUUCACGACACAUGAAAUUAAGAGGCCCCUACGUGCGGCCGUGCAACUGCGAAGAUACAUUAGCAAGAAAAAUUUCUUCGUUACUAGCAUGGGCAAGGGAUACCCUACGAAUGACAGUCGCGACAAUUUCGCUAAACGUGGAUAAUCGUGAGGGCGGCUUUACGUUCUACAAUUCGAAAGUACGAAUAACGAACAAAAUGGUGAAUGAGGACCACCUGCCUGAGCUCAUGGUGGACAACAAGCAGGAGGACGAUACUGACGAUACCGUUGUGAUUAACGCUUAUCCAUACGAGCCGAAACUAAAUUUUCACCAACAUAAUCCCCUGCCCAAGAAUAUAAUUAAUCUCAGACGUGCACAGCGAACUGCCGGUCUUUAUCCCGAACAGUACCAAACGUUUUCUGUCGAAACUCAAGAAAGGAAUAGUUCUACACCGGUGUGGGAAAUUCCGGAUUGGAUAUCGAUGAUUAUGUCUUCCUUCAAAAGCUUGCUGAAUACUUCCGAAGAUACCAGUGAUUUAAAUGGGCAAGGCAGCGUGCAAGAGUACACCCUACUGCGAUUGGUCAGUAAAACCUUGCGCGAAGUUUGGGAGCAGAUGAAGCGUGACAAUAACGGAAGAUUUUUACUCGUAGUCAAUGGUGGCAACCUUUCCAGCAUUACAGAUCCAUACUCCGAUCUUAUGCAGACACUUAAGCAUGUACGCGAAACGACCCAUUGCGAGCGUACCUUAGUUGUUGUCACUGGGGACUGUACGUCGAGCCUUGACGGAGACAGCCUUCCUCUUUUUGCCAUUGGUCCACACGCUUCGAAAUUGUCAAAAGCACGCCAACUUUCUGACGUGUCAAGGAUAGUGCAGGAAAUAUUACAGGAUUGUGACAGAGAGGGCAUGAUUAAACGAAGAAGUCCGCGGUCGGUGAGUGAACACCAUGUAAGAGCACCCGCGAGCUGCUCUAACCAACUGGUUCACACAGUUCGUGUUUAUUUUUUGAUUGUCUUUGUAUACCCAUAUUAAGUAAAAUUAUUUGCAUCUUU